AUGUUAAGCGAGUAAAAUCACAGCCUCCUCGAGACUCUCUACCCCUAACCCUCACUCCGCCAUUUUCAACAGUACAAAGCCUAUUAAUCUCUGGUGAAAACAAACCGGAUUCGAAGAUAAAAAUUCUCUUGCGAUGGCAAUGGCAGGGCGAGUCAGAUCCACGGUCCCUCUCCUCCGCAAAGCCCUUUGCUCCGAUUCAAGAUCGACUUUUUAUCCCUCCCUCCUCUCCAAUCCUGAGUUGUCAAGGAAUUAUGCUACUGCCCCAGCCAAAGAGCAAAAAGUUAAGGUUCCUGUGACGAUGUAUGGGGUUUCUGGAAAUUACGCCUCGGCUUUGUACAUCUCAGCUGUAAAAGCUAAUGCAUUGGAGAAGGUUGAGUCUGAGAUUUUGGACCUUAUUGAGGCUUCAAAGAAAAGUCCUAAAUUUUCUCAGUUUAUGAAGGAUCUCUCUGUGCCUACGGAUACAAGAGUGAAGGCCAUAAGUGACAUCUGUGCACAGGCUAAAUUUGGAGAUCUCACGAGGAACUUCUUGGUUGUUUUGGCCGAAAAUGGGAGGCUGAAACAUAUUGAUGCCAUAGCAAAAAGGUUUGCAGAGUUAACCAUGGCACACAAGGGGGAGCUUAAAGCCACUGUAACAACUGUUAUUCCUCUUCCUCCCGAAGAGGAGAAAGAAUUGAAGGAGACAUUGCAAGACGUGAUGGGAAAAGGGAAGAAGGUGAACAUUGAACAGAAGAUUGAUCCUAGCAUUCUUGGUGGGCUUGUGAUUGAAUUUGGGCAGAAAGUUUUUGACAUGUCGAUAAGGACUAGGGCACGCCAGAUGGAAAGACUCUUGAAGGAACCUCUCAACUUCUGAUUGCGUGGAAGCCUGUUUUAGUUAUUAACCCUGUUGUGGUUUUAGCUGAAGAUGAACAUCCUCUUUAUUUUGACUGCUUGAAGUGGUUUCCUUUUCAUAUAAUGUAUUUCUUGUUUCUUGCAAAUAAAAGCGUACUUAUACACUUGAAUCUUCCAAAGGAAAUCCUUGUUGAGGAUCAUUUUUUUUUUGGGUCAAUUGCAUUUGCAUCCCUCUUUUAUGU